GAAAUAGUUUUUGAAUUCCAGCAUGGUUCUUGGAAUUCCGGUCGUGGGCACACUUUUUGAUGCUACUCCGGCCAGGAUUCGACGCGGAUUGGUAUUAAAAAGGCCUGGCAGGACAGAAUUCCCUCGCUCCCCUGCUUCUAGGCUCCAUCCCCUGGUUUUAGGGUUCUUCCAUCAAUGCUCUACCACCUAACGCAGUGCCACAAAGAAAGCGCUGUAGUAAUUGGAAUGCGAUGUGCGAGAGUGCAUUGAUCCAUGGUACUACCACCACCUCAAAGUUUGCUUGUCUUUCCACCAAACUCUUACUCUCCUCGCGCGAUCGAGCCCUGAUUUGUGGAUGCGAGCGAGAUUUUCGUUAGUAGAAAUUUUUCCGCCUCUAUCUCUCUCUCUCCUCGCGGAGUUCUUCGCGAGCGAGCGAUUUGAUGCGCUGCUAGGGGAAAGCGAGAAAGAGAAACAUUCGCGUGUGAGUGUUUGGCUUUCUUUCUUCCUCCCCUGGUGGCACUGGCAGCACUGGCACGGCUUUGUACAAUCCAGAGCUUUUCGAGAGAUUUUCUCUCGAUUCUUUCCUUUCGCUCUGCCAGUAGCGGCGGCAUUAAUUGAUCCAGGGAGGGACCAAUCUUCGCCGGAAGAGAGCGAGUUCUCGUGUUUUUCUCUCGAGUGGAUUCAUUCCGAGGGAGAAAGAAAAGAUUCUUUCCCCUGUUCUUCCAGAUGAGCUCGCCAAUCAUCGUGCUGUCAGUCCUCCUCUGCUGCUGGAAGAUCCAAUUCUCUCGCGCGCUGCCCACAUUCCGGGGAGGAUUGAAUCGCGCAGACGGUCUCUGCGUGAAGCUCGUCCAGCCUUACGGAUACCAAUGCGAGGAAUUGGCUGUCGAGACGAAGGAUGGGUUCCUUCUGGGCGUGCAAAGAGUGUGGAGCGCGAACUACAUUGGCGAGCGAAAGAAGCCAGUGUUCCUCAACCAUGGCAUUCUCAUUGGCGGGGAUAUUUGGGUGCUCAAUGCGCCUCCGGAGUCUCUGGCGUUCAUCCUCGCCGACGCUGGCCACGACGUGUGGAUCGCCAAUGUGAGAACCAGCGAAUUCAGCUAUGGCCAUGUCUCUUACAGCAGAUCGGACAGGGAAUUUUGGGAUUGGAGCGUGGACGAGCUCUCGGCGUAUGAUCUCCAGGCAAUGCUGGAGAUGGUUUACGCGAGAACGAACAGCAAGGUCUUGUACGUUGGCUACUCACAGGGAACUCAAGCGGCAUUCGCAGCGUUCUCCGAGCACAGGCUCGUUGACAUUGUGGAAAAAGCUGUGAUGCUUGCUCCAGUUGCUUAUGUUGAUCACGCAACCUCGCUUCUCACUCUUGGAGCUCAAACUCAUCUCGAUCUGCUCAUUGCAUCGCUCGGCAUCUACGAAUUCAGCCUCCGAGCUCAGAACAAACCUGUGACUGAGUACCUUUGCAAGCUCUCGGAUGAUCCAGAAUGCACCGAAAACUUUGUCACGCUUCUCGCAGGUCCAAAUUGCUGCAUCAAUGACACACGCCGAGCGUACUACGAAAUUUACGAGCCUCAAUCAACAUCCGCAAAGAACUUUGGCCAUCUCGCGCAACAGUUCCGAGGCAAGAGCUUCGACAAGUUUGACUAUGGAUUCUGGCAAAACCUCGUCCGCUACGGCUGGAUCUCUCCCCCGACGUACUCGCUUCCCAACAUCCCAAGAACAAUCCCGUUCCUCUUCUUCUACGCUGCCAAGGACGCUCUCGCCGCUCCACAAAACGUCGCGCAGCUCGUCUCUGAGCUCCAAUCCAAGCCCGAGCUCGUCUUCCUCCCAGACUACGCGCAUCUCGACUUCGUGGUGUCAUACAACGCGAAAGAUCUCGUCUACCCCAAAGUCGUGGAGUUCUUCAACUCGUAAAGGAUUGCUCGAUCGAUGGCGAUUGAGAUUACUGUGUAAAGUAAAAGAACACGGAAAAAAAAGUUCUACCGUACGCGGGGAUCUAUCUCCCGCCAUUGAACGGGAUUCCUGGA